GCGCUUCCCAAGGCUUGUCGAACCUAACUAUUCCCCGAGAGUCAAACCUUCCCUCCCCGUUACCGGAAAACGCUCCUCCUUCAUUUCCACUCAAGACACACGCCCCUAGCGGAUACCCUCCAGAGAUGCUGUUCUUCCCCGCAUCACGGGUGGUUUUCACCAGGCAGGCUUUGCUCCCUGUGUCCCGGUUGACUCUUCUCCGCUGCAAAGGGACCGCAGGUUCCCUUCCGACGGAGAGCCCAAACCAAUCUGUGGCCACCGCAGCUCCUGCCGCAAACACAGAGGUGGCAUUCCCAGAAGCCGAAUCGGAGGUGCCCAGUGACUUUGCCACCAGGUAUGAAACAACUCAACCUUUUCUUUCCCGGUUGAGCUAUCGCAAUCUCGUUAACUGGCGGUCUGGCCACAUACAGCGCAUACUCCCCCGUCAACAACUUUCCCGCGCAGCGGGGCGCAAACGAUGCGCUCGAUGCUGCAUCAAUUUCUGGCGCCCCACUCGAUCUACAGGCGAGGACUGUGAAGAUUUAUAAACCUUCGAAGCCCGCCACCCAGUCUGGAAAUUGGAAUGGAAGGCAGUGGAGGAUGGAUUGGGACGUCCUCCCGAAGGGUACUAUCAAAAUCCGGCAAUCAAUCGGCACAACUUGAGCGCUGACGGGAGCUUCAGGUCACAGAUGGGAGAACCCUUUGAUGGGAUGGCAGUCCAGUGGCGAUUUCAUGCAAGGAACACACAUUUUCUUCAAGUCUAAAGAGGAUGCAAUUGCAUUUGCUGAAAAACAAGGU